AUGUCAAAUCAUACAGGUGUGGAAAUCGCAUGAAAAAAUUUUGAGGUCAAAGGACCUCUAACGAAGACAGAAAAGAAGAAAAGGAAGAUGAGCGGACUCCCAAUCGAUGAUAAAACCAUUAUCAGAAACGCAAAUGGCAUUAUUUCUGCCGGCACAUUUACCGCAAUCCUUGGCCCAUCGGGAAGUGGAAAAACAACACUACUGAAUUUUUUAGCAAAUAGAAUUUACUACUUAAAAGGCUUAAAAGUCAGUGGCGAAGUCUAUAUUAACGGUCAUUCUCGUAGUGAUAUAGAUUUUAAUUCGAUUGCAGGCUAUGUAAUGCAAGACGACGUAAUUAUGGAAACAAUGACUGUAGAAGAAGUCCUCACGUUCACUGCAAAACUACGGCUCCCUAAAGAGACUUGGAAAGAAAAAGUUGAUAAAGUGAUUAAUAGUCUUGAGUUACACAAUUGUAAACACAGCAGGGUUGGAGGGGUUCUAAAAAAAGGCAUUUCUGGUGGUGAGAAAAAAAGGGUGUCAAUAGGAAUAGAAAUGCUGAUUGACCCAGCUAUUUUAUUUUUAGAUGAGCCAACCACUGGCCUUGAUUCUUAUAACUCUGAAAACCUUGUGAAAAACAUGAGAAAUUUAUCAAAAACUGGGAUUACUGUAAUAUGUACAAUCCAUCAGCCGAAUUCUUUUAUAUAUAGUAAUUGCCCGAGGAUGGCGCUAUCUUGCGCCAUCCUUGGGCAAUUCAAAAAUGGCCCCACACCGGGAAUUGAACCCACGUGUGGGGCCAUUUUUGGUGUGUGUAGAACAUCGACUUCCACGCACCAAAAAUGGCCCCACACGUGUGUUCAAUUCCCGGUGUGGGGCCAUUUUUUAAAAAUUGCCCGAGGAUGGCGCAAGAUAGCGCCAUCCUCGGGCAAUUACAAUAUGCUAAUUUUGAAAAUGUGCUGCUCUUAGGAGGUGGAAAUACAGCUUUUCAUGGAGAUGCUCAACAAGCAAUUCUUCAUUUCAAUAAUUUAGGCUAUCCUUGUCCGAAGUUCAGCAAUCCUGCAGAGCAUCUUCUUGCCCUUUUAAGUCCAAUAGAUGACACUUUUAACGAAAGGAUGGAAGCUUUCAGGAAAAGUUUUAAUUCUGAGGUCACAGAGCUUGAAGAAAAAGAAAUUUCCCACAUUUUUAAAGCCAAAGAGUCAACAGUUUGAGAAGAGCUCUGAAUGCUUGGACAGAGAAUUAUAAAGAAUUUUGUCAGGAAUAGGAUGAUUUUACUGUUUAAGAUCAUUGGAAAUACUGUUUUUAUUCUUUUAACUUUGAUGGCCUUUUUUGAUAUUUGCAGUGGAACUAAUGCAACCUCAGUUAUGAAUCGAGCUGGCGUCAUUUUUUUUAUUUUAGUGUUUUUGUCAUUUAUGGCUGUAAAUGCUUCAGGAGCAUAUGCUGACGAAAAAGCUAUGUUUAUCAGAGAGCAAGCAAGCAAAACAUAUAAGCCAGUUUCGUAUUUUUUUAGUAAAUUAUUUUUUGAAGCACCAUUUGAUUUAACGAUCAGAGUUAUAGUCAUUUUUUGUAUUUAUUUAGGAGUUGGUUUAAGCUUAGCUAAUCCGGAACAAAUUUUUAUAUUCGUUGGAAUUGUGAUUUUAGUCGAAUUAUGUGCAAGAGGAUGGGGGACAUUUUUAGUUAUUUCAAUACCUGAUUUGCAGGCAGCCUCUGCCGCAGCUCCAUUUUUAAUGAUUAUUCAGCUGCUUUUUGCAGGUUUUUUUAUUAAUUAUGAUAAUAUUCCAGUUUACUUGAUAUGGCUGGAGUACAUGUCGAUGUUCAAAUACUCAUGGAGUGCAGCUCUUGAAAAUGAAUUUAACACCUGAGAUCAAGCCAAAUGCGGCCAGGCUGUAUUAUGUGAUCCAAUCGACUAUUUUUCAAUAAUAAUUUCACUGGGAAUCAACAUAGUAAUUCUCGCAUGCCUUGUAGUCGCGAUUAAUUUUCUCGCAUUUUUAGCUUUGCUCAAUCUCUCAAGAAAAUUCAGACUUUAG